GAGCGCGCAGCGGCGGCGGAAACCCAGGCGCGUCCCGGCCAGGCCUCCCGCGCCCUCAGUCCGCGCUCCUCCGCGCCCCGCGUCCGCGCGCCCCGGCCGCCCGCCAGACCCCCCGCCAGGCCCCCCGGCCCAGCGCCCGCCAGGUCCCCCGGCCCCCGGCCCCGCGCCCGCCGCCCAGCACCGGCCCGCGCCCCGCAGGCCGCCCGCCGCCCGCGCCGCCAUGGGGGUGGAGGGCUGCACCAAGUGCAUUAAGUACCUGCUCUUCGUCUUCAAUUUCGUCUUCUGGCUGGCCGGAGGCGUGAUCCUGGGCGUGGCCCUGUGGCUCCGCCAUGACCCGCAGACCACCAACCUCCUCUAUCUGGAGCUCGGAGACAGGCCCGCACCCAACACCUUCUACGUAGGCAUCUACAUCCUCAUUGCCGUGGGUGCCGUGAUGAUGUUUGUUGGGUUUCUGGGAUGCUACGGGGCCAUCCAGGAGUCCCAGUGCUUGCUGGGGACGUUCUUCACCUGCCUGGUGAUCCUCUUUGCCUGUGAAGUGGCUGCUGGCAUCUGGGGUUUUGUCAACAAGGACCAGAUCGCCAAGGACGUGAAGCAGUUCUAUGACCAGGCCUUGCAGCAGGCCAUCAUGGACGAUGACGCCAACAAUGCCAAGGCCGUGGUGAAGACCUUCCAUGAGACGCUUCAGUGCUGUGGCUCCAGCGCGAUGACCACGGUGACCACCUCUGUGUUCAAGAACAGCCUGUGUCCCUCGGGCAGCAACGUCGUCAGCAACUUGUUAAAGGAGGACUGCCACAGCAAGAUCGACGAGCUCUUCUCGGGGAAGCUGUAUCUCAUCGGCAUCGCCGCCAUCGUGGUGGCCGUGAUCAUGAUCUUCGAGAUGAUCCUGAGCAUGGUGCUGUGCUGCGGCAUCCGGAACAGCUCGGUGUACUGAGGCCGAGGCCGUGGGGACCCCUGCGGGGCCCCGAGAGUGACCCGGACACUUCUGAGAAGGGGCCGUCACCACCUGUGUAUAUAUGAUAACCUCCUGGUAUCACUGCUACACUUAUCAGCCUUUUUACUUUUGAGGUUCUGUUCUUGUCCUGAAGUCUCCUGUUACUUUUGGGGCUGACGUCACCUGUAGGUGGCAUGUGAGUGGGCCUUUGGGGACUGCAGGGCAGGGCCCCCCCUGCUUCUGGGGCUGCUUGGGGGCUCUGCUUGCUCAGCCGGGCCCUCUCCUGGGGGCCACGAAGGGCCCUCCGGCCGAGCUGCGCCCUCCCACCCACCCGUCCCCGUGGGCGCCGCACGUGCAACCUUUUUUAAUCCUUGUUCCUUCCCGGCCACCUGUCUCUAGAGCCGGGUCUAUGAGCAGCCUUACGCCUUCAGUGCACCUCUCCUUUCUAACGCGUCACCUUCAAUUGUAAUUACAUCUUGAAAGUCAUUCAAUAAAGAAGGAAAAACCAGGCAUGCUAACAAA